AUGACGAACCCUGUCCGAGAAAUCAAGCAGCAACAACGAUUGCGCCGCCAUCAUCUAUUCAUCUUCCUCUCCCUCCAGACAACCACGAGCCUGCAUCCGAGAUGUGAAGCAUCAUCUAACGCUUAUUCCGAGGGCGUUCAUGAACCACUCAAUGCGGCGGUGGUCACUGAAGCAACGACCAUCAACAACAAAUUGCAUCACACGAGAACACCAAACUCCACAUAA